AUGACAGCUGUAGUAAGUAGUAAUAGUGUCUAUAUAUUUCUGUUAAAUUAUUAACAUUGUUGUGAUAAUGUCGUAGUCUCCAAGUACCCUAGAUCAUACGUGUAUAUUAAGAUAAUAGAUAAAUAAAAAAUGUCUAAGGAAAAUAAAAAUAUAAAUGAAGAAAUAUUGGAUGAUAAAGCGAAAAGAAAAAAAGAGCGAGAUGAUUAUUUUCUAAAACUAGAAAAAUGGUUACAAGAAGCCUAUGCAUGGCAAAGUGCUGCUGCUACUGUACCGUAUUAUCUUAUGUCUGGUCAACUGUUGCAUCAACCUGGAUCCCCGCUGAAUCAAUCACCGGCUAGUUGCAGCAAUAUCAAUACUUCAUCAAUAAAUACCCCUGGCACUUUACAAUCAACAAGUUCAAGUGCACAAACUAAUCAGCAGGCUGAUCAGUCUAGAAAUAAUUUAAAUGGUACAACUUCCAAUUCCAAUUCCAAUCGACCUGAUGGUAUUGAAUAUCAUAUACCGCCGAUAUGGAAACGUUUUGUAGCAGAAUUAAUAGACUCGUUAAUGUUGUUUGUUUUAAAAUUAGUAAUAACAUUUGUUGCGCUAGAUAUAUUUGCCACCAUGAAUAUGGAGCCGUAUACUCUUGACACACUGCAGAGUAGUUUAAAAAUAGUUGACUAUAAAAUGGCUAUGGACGUUGCAUCGACGAUAUUGAUUUGGGAAUUGAUGCAUCGUUUUAUUGUCUGUGUAUUUGAGGCAAUUUUUAUUCAACACGGCAUAAAUGGUCGUAUCGGUGGAGCAACACCCGGUAAAUUCCUGAUGGGUCUUAGAGUUGUGCAAUGCCGUACAAUAACACCAGUAGAACGUCGUGAUGGGACCGAAGUGGUGCUAGUAUCUCCUGGUACCGACCUGGGUCUCCCGUUAGCUCUGGGACGUUCAAUUGUAAAAAAUUUAAUAAUGACUCUAAUAUUUCCAAUCUGCUUCUCCCUGUUUUCCUUUAGAUUCAAUCGUACCGGUUACGAUCUCGCUUGUCAUUCAAUAGUAGUUGAAGAUCCCGACAGAACAAACAACAACAAUAACUUCAACAAUCGCCCUCACCAAGAUUAAACAAUUAUUUACCACUAAAUGUUUUUAUAUGAAUUUAAAUAUUUUAAAUCUAAAUUGUAAAGUCUGUACAUAAAAUUAUAUAUAAAUAUAAAAUAUAUGUCUAUUAAAAUAUAUUUU